AUGGCAUCCGGUGGUGACAUGCCGAUGUCACCCAGACUACCAUCACAGCAGAGUCUGGCCCCUAGAAGGUCGGCGACUGCAACGCCGCGACAGAGAACGCUGUGGACUCCCACCGCUGAGCGAGACGAGUCAGAAGUCAGAAGUCAGCAUCACAGCAGGCGGCGGCGACAGUUGACGCUGCAGAGCCUGCAGACUCCUACAGCUGAACGAGACGAAUCAGAAGUCAGCAGUCAGCGUUCCGGCAGGCGGCGGCGACGGGCGUCCCGCUCGGAUGAAUCUUAUGAAGAAAGGCCACGGAGAUCUAGACGUCGGUCGCCGGAACUUACAGCAGAUGAUGUUGUCAAAAUUGUCGCUGCUAUACAACCAAGUAAGAUUUCACACCCUUCGAUGACUAACCAGUUACUGAAUGUUGUGCCAGAGUUUAACCCAAAGAAUAAGACUCAAACUGUAGAACGAUGGCUACGUAAGCACAAGGUGUUAGGCCGAUCAGCAAAGAUUUUGGCGCUCAUACCUAAAGAACAUGCCGAAUCUGAAGUGCUUGAUAAUUCUGACGCUGACUCAUAUGUUUCCUCAUCAGCGCCCUCGUUGUCAUCCUCGCUAGAACGACUGAAUAUUUCAAAUAGUUCUGAAAAUGACCAUGAGCUUAUUUACAACAAUGUUGUAAAUAGUUAUGAGGUACAUACAUUGCAGGAUGUAAAUGUCCCAUUAACACCUAUUAUGCGGGAAGUAAUUGAUCAAGAAAAUUAUACUGAUAUUCCGUCUAUUUCGUCUAUUCCAUCUUUGCCUACACCAGUACCCACAACGCGAAAAACUCGAUCAAGACAACCUAAAAUUGCCAGUAAAAAGCGCAAAGUUGACAAGAAAUUUUCCCUGGAAUAUACAUGGCGUCGUGCGCUUUUCCAACAUAAAGCCGAGAUGGAAAUUAUUAACGAUAAUGACGAAUACGAGGACUUAGAUCCUAAAAGUUCAGCAAUGAAAUAUUUUCUAAAAUUCUUCUCGGAUGAUAUAUUUAUAGACAUUGUUACUGAAACAAACAAAUUUUCAGUGCAGAAAUCUGGAAGAUCUAUUGACUUAACUGUUGACGAAUUUCGUGACUUUUUGGCGAUAAAAAUUAUGAUGGGAAUUGUUGUAAUGCCAUCAUAUUUAGACUACUGGUCUAAACAAUUAAGAUACCCACCAAUAGCCGAUCUUAUGACCCUAAAAAGAUAUCAACAAAUCCGUCGAUAUUUACAUUUUGCCGACAGUAAUUUCGAAACUUCGGAUAGGUACUAUAAAGUUCGGCCCCUUGUUGAAAAAAUCAAGAAAAAUUGUCUUGCUCAAGAAACUGAGAAAGAAUUUAGUGUGGACGAGAUGAUGAUUCCCUACAAAGGUAAGAAAGCUGGUAAACGACGCCAAUAUAUGAAAGAUAAGCCAAAUAAGUGGGGUUUUAAAAAUUUCGUCCGUGCUGGUGUCAGUGGAAUGAUAUAUGACUUUAUAUUAUACGGCGGAGAAGACACAUUCCGUUUUCAUAGUUUCACCGACGACGAAGCAACUUUAGGCUUUGGCGCACAAAUAGUGUUAGUUCUUUGUCAGUCAAUAAAAAAUAAACCGUCAACCGUAUGUUUCGACAACUUUUUUGCAUCGCCGGAGUUGGUCUACAUUUUGCGCGAAAAAUACGGCAUUUUCUCUUUGGGAACUAUUCGUCGUAAUCGACUGCGAGGGGCUGAUGAAAAACUUACUAGCGAGAAGGUGCUGAAAAAGAAAGCCCGAGGUAGUUUCUCCGAAGUUGUCUGCAAUACCAACAAAUUGGCGGUACUACGUUGGCAUGAUAACAAAUGUGUCACCUUCAUAAGUUCAUAUACCGACUCUCAACCGGUACAAAAAAUUAAACGCUACUGCAAAAUUGCUAAAGCUAAAAUCGACGUGGAAUGCCCUAAUAUGAGAGCCCAGAGGAUAUGUGAUGACCAGCAUCUGGCCGGUGAGCUGCAGCAUGCCAGGCGCGCGCUUCGAGCGAACGAGCUCAGGAUACCACGAGUCAACCAGAAGGCCCACAUGGAGAUCCCUACAGUUGAGCACUGGUCAAGCAGGUUGACCAACUUGACGUUGAGGCGGGAGGACUGGAGCAGCGAGGCUCCGCCGCUGGUGGGCAGUCUUGAUCGGGCCGCGCUAGAGAUCGAACGUACUCGUUAG